AGUAUAGCAUUGUAAAUGCAAAAAUGAUCAUAUAUAAUAAAAGUUCUCUGUUAAAUAAAUGUUUUUUUUUUUUUUCAGAAACACGGACCCGCCUAAUCGAGGUUGUGUAGAACAGAGUCCAUUAUACGUUCAGAAACAAUUUCUGGGCCUCGUGGACCCCAAGGACGAGUGGGAGGUGGACAGAAAUAGGGUGCACCUAGGUGCCCUAAUCGGCAGUGGUGCAUUCGGCAGGGUACACGCUGCUCAUUUGGACAUGCCAGGCGGAGAGACCAUCACCGUCGCAGCAAAAAUGCUAACCGAAAAUGCGUCUGAAGAGGAAAUGCAAGACUUCUUAGGGGAGAUUGUCAUGUUAAAACAUGUUGGCUCUCAUAAACAUGUCAUCCGAUUAAUAGCGUGUUGCACAAAACAGGCACCUCUAAUAGCACUAUUAGAACAUGCUCCCAGAGGUGAUUUGCUGACUCUUUUACGUGCAGCGAGAGGGAAACGGAGAGUCGAGCAGGUGUCGUGGGAGACGAAGAAACUGAAUAGUGACGUCAACGGUCGCCCUUCGGAAGCGGACAGUAAGUGUCAACCAAGCAGAUUGUAUAAAGUCGUGAGUUCGGGUCCCACCUCGGGUUAAC